AUGGAGCUGAGGGGUCAAGAGGGAAGGGAGCCUAGAGACUCCCAGGAACCCGCCAGGCCUGGGGUCUCUAGGAAUGCUGAUAGGGUAGAAGAGCCAGGAGUUCCAGAAGAUGUAGCUGUGGUGAGGGCCCCUGAGGAGGCCCCAAGGAGGGUGGAGGAGCCUGGAGUCUCCUCGGAUGUGCUCUUAUCAAAUGUCCCAGAGAGGCCAAGAAGGGUGGGAAAGCCUAGAGUCUCCAGGUAUUUGAACAUUGGGAAAGUCUCUGAGGAGGACCAGGUUUCAGAAAGCCCAGAGGAGAGAAGAGAAACAGUGGAGAUAACAACGCAAAUCCGGGAGUCUGAAACUGGGGAGGAAUCUGGGUUGUCUGGAGAGAUCAGUGAGAAGGAGAUCUUUGAGGGCAGUGCACCAGAAAGACCAAAGAAGAAAUGGAAGCAUCGCCAGCACGACCUGGAGGAGCAGGACUGGCAGCAGGAUCAAGGAAGGGAUGCAGGCCAGCCUAGCCAGGACCAGGAGGAGUACAUGGAAGGGACAGAGGGGACAGUACAGCAAUAUCGUUCAAGAAUAGUGAAGCACAAGAGCUCAGCUGCCGGUCUACUGGGCCGCCGCAAGAGUCAGGGCAAGUACCGCCUGGAGAGGAAGCCCAGUCUGCGGAACCGCCCCGAGUCUUCAGCUCAGGGCACCUCCUCCUUGGCACCUCGCCCGUCCAUGGCGCCUCGCCGGUCCAUGGCGCCUCGCCCAUCUCUAGCGUUAGGCUCGGCCCAAGUUCAUCGCCCGUCCUUUGCUCUUCGCUCUCCCCAGGCUCCCCGGGUGUCCCUAGCGCCUCGAGUGUCUCUGGGGCCCCAGGUGGCUCUGGGUCUGGAGUCGCACCCUUCGGGCACCUUGUUGAACGAGAGCUCCAGCUGGUUACUGGAGCCAGAACUGAAAACCAGGCGGCAGACCAUCCGAUUCAGCCUCCUCCCCAAGUCAUCUCGCCGCCUGUCACAGCGGUCCGCUGGCCCCUGUGUCAGUGCUUUCAACGAGCUGGCAAAGCUGGGCGACCCCGACCUGCUGGAGAUGGUGGAGCAGGAAGGCUUAACAGCCAAAGAAAUAGAGUAUGCUCUCCAACAGAAUGAGACCCUGAGCUGCAAAGAGACCACCUUCCUCAUCCCUGAAGACACACAACCACUGCCUGAGAAGCGAUUAAAUUUGUUCCUGAGGAGGCGUCUUAUGUUCCAAAGGAGUGAACACAGCAAAGACUCAAUUUUCUUCAGAGAUGGAAUCCGGCAGAUCGACUUUGUCCUGUCCUAUGUGGCAGAUGUGAAGAAGGAUGGAGAGCUGAAGGCAGAAAGAAGACGAAAAUUUGAACAAAAUCUCAGAAAAACAGGUCUUGACUUGGAAAUAGAAGACAAGAUGAACUCUGAAGAUGGGAAAACCUAUUUUGUGAAGAUCCAUGCCCCGUGGGAAGUCCUGGUCACUUAUGCUGAAGUGCUGGGAAUCAAGAUGCCUAUUAAGUUGAGUGACAUCCCUCGGCCAAAGCACCCACCCCUGUCUUACAUGCUUGGGCCUGUGAAGCUUCCAUCAGCUGUGAAGUAUCCUAACCCUGAGUAUUUCACUGCGCAGUUCAGCAGACACCGUCAGGAACUCUUCCUCAUCGAAGACGAAGCCACUUUCUUUCCAUCCUCAACAAGGAACAGAAUUGUUUACUACAUUCUGUCAAGAUGCCCUUUUGGAGUAGAAGAAGGGAAGAAAAAGAUUGGGAUUGAAAGACUGCUGAACUCGAGCACUUAUUUAUCUGCCUACCCGCUCCAUGAUAGUCAAUAUUGGAAGCCAUCAAAAACUGCUCGCAUGAAUGAAAGGUACAUCCUUUGUAAGAACUGGGCUCGAUUUUCCUACUUUUAUAAGGAGCAACCUUUUAAUUUGAUUCGGAAUUAUUAUGGAGAAAAAAUCGGUAUCUAUUUUGUAUUUCUCGGGUAUUACACAGAAAUGCUGUUGUUUGCAGCUCUGGUUGGCUUAGCCUGCUUCAUCUACGGCUUGUUAUCGAUGGAAGAUAACCGAACUAGCUCUGAAAUCUGUGAUCCUAACAUCGGAGGUCAGAUGAUCAUGUGCCCGCUUUGUGAUGAAGUGUGUGAUUACUGGAGACUGAAUUCCACAUGUCUUCAUUCAAAGUUCUCCCAUUUGUUUGAUAAUGAGUCAACUGUGUUCUUUGCGAUCUUCAUGGGGAUCUGGGUCACACUGUUUCUGGAGUUUUGGAAACAGCGGCAAGCCAGGCUUGAGUAUGAGUGGGAUCUGGUGGACUUUGAGGAACAGCAGCAACAGCACCAGCUGCGGCCUGAAUUCGAAGCUAUGUGUAAACACAAGAAGAUGAAUCCUGUGACAAAGGAAAUGGAGCCACACAUGCCUCUGUGCCACCGCAUCCCAUGGUACUUUGUGUCAGGGACCACGGUGACCUUCGGGAUGGCUCUCCUCCUCAGCAGCAUGGUGUCCAUCAUUGUCUACCGCCUGUCAGUCUUUGCUACUUUUGCCAGCUUCAUGGAAAGCGAAGCCACCCUGCAGAACGUGAAAAGCUUCUUUACCCCGCAGCUGGCCACUGCUCUCUCUGCAUCAUGCCUGAACUGCAUGGUCAUCUUGAUACUGAAUUUUUUUUAUGAAAGGAUAUCUAACUGGAUUACGAAAAUGGAGAUACCUCGAACUCACCAGGAGUAUGAGAGCAGCCUCACUCUGAAGAUGUUUCUCUUCCAGUUUGUGAACUAUUACUCAUCUUGCUUCUAUGUGGCCUUCUUUAAAGGGAAGCUCGUGGGAUAUCCUGGGAGGUACACAUAUAUGUUCAACAUAUGGAGAAGCGAAGAGUGUGGUCCUGCAGGCUGUCUGAUAGAGCUGACCACCCAGCUAACCAUCAUCAUGAUUGGGAAACAGCUUUUUGGAAACAUCCAUGAAGCCUGUCAACCCUUAAUUUUUAAUUGGUGGAGACGCCGAAGGACCCGAACCCGCUCUGAGAAACUGUACAGUCGUUGGGAGCAAGAUCACGACCUUCAGAUUUAUGGACAUCGUGGGCUGUUCUAUGAGUACUUGGAAACAGUUAUCCAGUUCGGGUUUGUCACACUGUUUGUGGCCUCUUUUCCCCUGGCACCCCUGUUUGCUCUCUUGAACAACAUUAUGGGAAUCCGAGUGGAUGCCUGGAAGCUGACAACUCAGUACAGGAGACCUGUUGCAGCGAAAGCUCACUCCAUAGGUGUCUGGCAAGAUAUUCUUUAUGGAAUGGCCAUCGUUUCUGUUGCAACUAAUGCCUUCAUUGUCUCAUUCACAUCUGACAUCAUCCCCCGGCUGGUUUACUUUUAUGCCUACUCAACGAAUUCCUCAGAGCCUUUGAGAGGAUACGUCAAUAACAGCCUGUCAGUGUUCCUGAUAGCUGACUUUCCGAACCACACAGCACCCAUGGAGAAAAGAGACUUCGUCACCUGCAGGUACAGAGAUUAUAGGUACCCUCCCGACCAUGAGGAAAAGUAUAACCAUAACAUGCAGUUUUGGCAUGUCCUUGCUGCCAAGAUGACCUUCAUCAUAGUAAUGGAACACAUCGUGUUUCUGUUUAAAUUUUUACUAGCCUGGAUGAUACCAGAUGUUCCCAAAGAUGUCGUGGAGAAAAUCAAACGAGAAAAGUUAAUGACUGUCAAAAUUAUUCAUGACUUUGAGCUUAACAAGUUGAAAGAAAAUUUGGAUGUUCAAUAUGGUAACAUCAUGAAGAAUAUUUCAGUAAAUGAUAACAAAUCAUCUGUAAUGGACAAACCUUUAAUCUAAUCCACACACAAGUG